AUAAAUUUUAUACAAAUGUCAAUAAAUAAUCACCCUUUUCAUAUAGUAGAAAAAAGACCUUGACCUUUGACUUCUUCAUUAGGAAUAAUUAUUAUAACUAGAGGAUUCAUUAAAUGAUUCCAUUAUAAAAUCUUAUUAAUAUUUUUACUAGGAAUUUUAAUUAUAAUUUUAUCAUCAUACCAAUGAUGACGUGAUGUAACACGUGAAUCAACAUUUCAAGGACUCCAUUCAAAAGAAGUAUAUAUAAAUAUAAACUGAGGAAUAAUUUUAUUUAUCACAUCUGAAGUAUUUUUCUUUUUAUCAUUUUUUUGAGCAUACUUCCAUGCAUCUCUUUCUCCAAAUAUUGAAAUUGGAAGAAUAUGACCACCAAUUGGAAUUAUCCCAUUUAACCCAUAUCAUAUUCCUUUAUUAAACACUAUUAUUUUAAUUUCAUCUGGAGCGAGAAUUACAUGAUCUCACCAUAGAUUAAUUAAUAAAAAUUUUAAACAAAGAAUAAUUAGAUUAACUACAACAAUUAUUCUAGGAAUCUAUUUUAGAAUUUUACAAAAAUAUGAAUAUAACGAUGCAUAUUUUACUAUUGCAGACUCCAUUUAUGGAUCAACAUUUUACAUAGCAACAGGAUUUCAUGGAAUACAUGUAUUAAUCGGAACUAUAUUUUUAAUAGUAUGUUUAAUUCGACUUAAAAAUAAUCAUUUUUCUAAAAAUCAUCAUUUUGGUUUUGAAGCUGCCUCUUGAUAUUGACACUUUGUUGAUAUUGUAUGACUAUUCCUAUAUAUUUCAAUUUAUUGAUGAAGAUUUAAUUAA